CUGCGCUCAGGUAGGUGACAGGCACAUAUUGGAAGUUGCGCAUUUGACAGUCGUCGUCUGCUUUCAUGGCUUUGUUGGCAACUCAGGAGAAGAAUGCAAUUGAAGUAUCAUCAGGCAUGCAUCUUUGCUCUGACUUGGAUGGCAUAUGCAGGAACCUACUUGCUUAGGAAACCACUAGCUGUUGUGAAGACAGAUCUUUCUAAUGAGUUGUCAAUGACAAAAACUGAGCUAGGAUGGUUGGACACUGCAAUGCUGUUUCCGUAUGCUACAGUUCAGAUUGUGUUUGGAUCCAGUGCUGAUAAGUAUGGUCCUCGUAGGACACUCGCUGUCUGCCUCUUGAUAUCAGCCCUAUCUAUGGCAUCUUUUGGUUCGUGGCAGAGUUUCUACGUCUAUGCUAUCCUUUUGUUCAUCAAUGGAGCUGCCCAGUCACAGGCCUGGCCUAGUUGCGUCAAGGGUCUAGGAGUCUGGUAUACCACCCAACAUCGCAAUGCAAUCUUUGGUAUUUGGGGGACUUGUACAUUUGCUGGAGGAGUCUUGGGAACUGCUUUGGCAGUUCACCUGCAGACACAUCAUGGUUGGAGACAGGCCUUCCUAAUUCCAUCAUUGCUACUUAGCGGAUUAGGCUUGCUGGUUUUACUGUUUUUGCACACUCCGUCAGACUAUCAAGUCACCAUCCCAGGGAAAGAUUUAGAGUCUUCAACUUCAGAAAAACCAGCCCUUGCAACACCUAGCUUUGUUAGUCUGUGGAACUUACCAAUGCUGAAAGAAGUAGCAGUGUCAAUGUUUUGUGUUAAGAUUGUACGAUACUGCGUGUUCAUGUGGCUGCCUAUGUAUCUACAUCAACAGUUGCAUUAUGGGAAGACAGAAUCGGGCAUGCUCCCUACAAGUUUUGAGAUUGGAGGAGUUAUAGGCAGUGCAUCAUUGGGUUGCUUAAUUCAAAGGUUGUUGAGGGGACAGUUGCUACUUGGCAGCGGUCUAGCCAUCCUUGCUUCCACCCUCAGCUUAGUUUGUUUUCUUCUCACAGCCUCCUGGGGAGCAGUCUUCAAUGUCACUCUCAUGCUGAUAGCUGGGGCCUUCAACUGUGGCGUAGACCCCAUCCUAAGUGGAUCUGUACCCUCAGAGAUCGGGGAAAUGGAUGGUCGAAGGAUUCAAGCAUCCGUCUCAGGAUUUGUAAAUGGUUUUGGGAGUCUGGGUACCGUCCUUCAAGGGCCUAUGGUAGGGGCAAUUACUGAGUACUACGGUUGGUCUGGUAUGUUGUACUUGAUCAUCACCCUGUCUCUUCUAGGCUGUAUAGCAUCACUGAAAGGAUACCUGAUUAGCACCAGACUGAGGCAACGAAGUACCACACGGAAACAUGAAAUGUGUGUAUGACAGUAAGACUGUCACUGAAGUAGGAAUGAUGGAGAUGUGUUCCAGUUAUCUACAGGUGUCUUGGAUCUCAAGUAAUUUGCUCUUCAUAAUUUGCUCUUAAGAACUGCCGUGUUGGAACAAAACGUUCCAUUUGUAAUGAGAGUACCUUUCCUGUAUACUGUGAACAUUUCUCAGAUGCUUGGUAAAAAUGUAUUAAGCGGCAGAAAUUGGCCAGUGAAUCUCUCUUUUGGCCCAAGCCUGCAAAAAUUGUGUGGUGUACAUGUAUCCGUUGGUAAGGUUAAACAUGAGUGUACCAGCUGAGUAAUGCCAGAUUUUCACUUUAUGUACUCUAUCAUGCGUAAUCUUAGGUUGUGAUGAAACUGGUCAGGCCAUGACAAUGCAAUGUCAGGCAGUGGCUGUGUUCUGGGAAUAAUACUCUUUGCCUAAGAAGUGCCAAGUAUA